AUGGCGACAAAAAUCCACGUUUGGCUUGAUCCUACUUUUCUUUCUUUCUUUCUUUCUUUCUUUCUUUCUUUCUUUCUUUCUUUCUUUCUUUCUUUCGUUUUGCUGUUCCAUUUCAAAAAAAUCUCUUUCUUUUCAUACGUUCUGCAGUCUGAAGUGGGAUACUGCAUGACCCGAAUUGAAAAUAGCUGUAAUGAUGUCACCCGUCAGUCAGCCAUCAGAGAACUCAAUCAAACCUUCAAUUAUUUCUGCUACAGUGGAUGGAAUGUUCGCAGUGUAGCCUUGCGCUGGACUAAACCAUCCCUCAUUUUCCUUCCCACUUUUUCAUCUUUCUUUUUAUCUUCCCGCGUCUCCUUUUCUCGACUUGUUUCUUCCUUUCUUUUCCCUUCUUUGCUGUUUGCCGCCGUCGCCACCGCCGAGCCUUACCACCAAAAUCUGUCGCCACCAUCACCAACUACCACUAGUGCCAUCACUUUCUCUACUACAGCUACAACCGAACCUUCAAGCGUUGUGUCUGUAGUCUAUUUGCUUAUACCUCGGGCUCCUAUCUAUCUAUCUAUCUAUCUAUCUAUCUAUCUAUCUAUCUAUCUAUCUAUCUAUCUAUCUAUCUAUCUCAGACUCUUAGUCAUCUGUCUCUGCAUUUAUAUCUGUUCAUUCUUAUAUUACCAGAAAUUCCAGAGUUGCUUCCAUCAUAACAAAAAGAAAGUACAGGAGAAGGUUCGUUUGUGCUAUUCAUCUUCGGAACUCCAUCACAAGCACUUCUUUGAGCAUGAUUACGAAUACGGAAAUCGCGACUUCCGCCGCGACUUCGGAACCUUCUUUGACGAAUACGACAUUACUGAUAUGGACCGUACAGACGAUGAUGGAGAGAUCCCAGCUGGAGAGAUGCCCCCCGAGCAGACUAGGGCCGAGGCUGAACCAGAGAACGAUUCCACUCCAGACUCCGAUGCUGACGCCGAUUCUGAUGCGAGAUGGAACCGUCGCAACUGGCGUUACUUCAACAGACACGACAGAUAUCGUAAUCGUGAGUACUACCCGAACGGCUAUUGGCCCAAUCGCGGCGACAGCAACCGUGAAUACUACAACAAAGAUUAUUAUGGCCAGGAGUACUACAACAGAAACAACCAGUGGAACUACGAUCGCUACCAUGACCGUUAUUACAAUCGCCGUGACAGAGUCUGGAGAGAUAAUACUCACGGUAACGAGUACUAUACCAGGAGUUACGAGCGUCUGAACAGUGAGACUCCAGAAAAAACUGAUGGCGAAUUUGCUGCCGCUGCCAACGCCGAAGCUAAACCUGACCCCGCAGCGCAAGGUGGUGACUAUUAUGACGAUUACAGGAAUAUGAAUGACUACGGACGUCAUGAUAUGCACAACAGACCUGACCGUUAUGAACAGGAUUAUUACUCUUGGAGACACUACAACCGUUACGGCUAUGAUGAUGACCAGCCUUAUCACAAGGCUUCUGGAUACGGUGAUGGAUAUUACUAUGAUGAUUACGGCAGAGACUGGAGAUAUAAUAAUAAUCGUUAUUAUUACGGCAGGAAUUACUGGCGUCAUGACAUGAACUAUGGAAGACCAGAAUAUUGGGCGUUUUACAAUUACGAUGCCCAAUACCGCAACACUAUUUGCAAGUAA